AUGGAAGCAAUAUCAGAUAGAUUAUUUAAUGAACAUACAACAGAUAAUUUACAAGAUGAUCCAUCAUUAUUAACUAUAAUAUUAGAUGUAUCACCAUCGGGUUGGUUUAAAAUACAAAAUGUAAUAUCAAUUCAAGAUGUUGUAAAAUCAUUAAUAGUAUAUUUAAAUUCCCAUUUAUCAUUAAAUAAUAGUAAUCAAGUUGCAUUCUUAAUUACAUCACCGUUAAAAUCAAAAUUUCUAUAUCCAAAACUAGAUAAUUCAAAUAUAAUUAAAGACUCAGUAUCGAAAGAUAUGUAUCGACAAUUUAAAAUUGUAGAUGAUAUAAUAUUGGAAGAAUUAAAUCAAUUUCUUAAUGAAAUGAUUGAUAAAAUAGAAAAUAAUAAAAGAUCAACAUUAACUGGAGCAAUUAGUUUAGGUUUGACAUAUACUAAUCGUAUGUUAACUUUAGAUCAAUCAAUUUUGACAACCACAGCAUCAGCAAUGACUACAACUUCAUUAGCUAAUUCAAAUCAAAAUUCAUCAAAUAUUACAUCCUCAUCUUCAACUUCGAUGAAAUCUAGAAUGUUGAUUAUAUCAGCAAAUGAUGAUGAUGAUGAAUUAACAUAUAUUCCAUUAAUGAAUUGUAUAUUUGCAGCUCAAAAAAUGAAAGUUUCAAUAGAUGUUGCAAAAUUAGGAUUUAAAAAUCUGUCAUAUUUACAGCAAGCAUCAGAUGCAACAAAUGGGAUUUAUUUACAUAUUGAAAAUCCCAAGGGGUUAAUUCAAGUUUUAUCAACUGCUUUUUUCAUUGAACCUAAUUUAAGACCAUUUAUAAUAUUACCUGCAAAUUCAAAUGUAAAUUAUCGAGCUAGUUGUUUUAUAACUGGUAAAGCUGUUGAUAUUGGUUAUGUAUGUUCUGUUUGUUUAUGUAUAAUGAGUAAAUUACCUGAAAAAUGUCCAGCUUGUAAUUCAGAAUUUGAUAAAAAAAUAAUUGAACAAUUGAAUAGAGUACCACAAAUUAGAAAGAAAAGGAAGUUGGAAAGUAAUGGUAAUGGUAAUAACGAAAAUAACAAUAAUUGA